UUGAACUGUAUCCAGAAGACCAGAUGCCGCUUCCCGCUCUCGUUUCGAGAUCCCCUUGACGGCAAACCGCUAUCUCAAGCGCGUGCAAAAUUUCAGAUUCCCUCAACCGUGACCGACGACCAAUUUCGUCGAGUGAUUGCGUACUACUACGCCCUAAUUACGCAUAUCGACAUACAGGUUGAUCGUCUACUCCGCGCCCUUGAGACACAAGGCAUCAUUCAGGACACGAUUGUAGCCUUUAUCAGCGACCACGGCGAGAUGCUUGGCGACCACGGUUUCACGGAGAAAUGCCUCAUGUACGAAGCAUCGGUUCGCGUGCCGUGUCUACUCUCUUGGCGCGGGACUUUACCUGCGGAGGCGCGAGUGAAAACACCGUUGGGCGGCGUUGACCUGAUGCCGACCCUGCUUGCGUUGGCGGGAGAGGAACCACCAUCGCCGAUUGAUGGGCGCUCCGUCGCCGCGGCAAUUCUCGCAGGCGAGGAGCCCACCCCGCAGCCGGUUUUCGCCGAGAUUGCCAGCAAUGAAGCGAUUUAUCACGGCGCACAGGAUCCAGAACAGCUAGCCGCUCACGCCAUGGUCUACGAUGGACGUUGGAAAUAUAUCCGCAACCGCUUUGAUAUUGAUGAGUUGUACGACUUGGAGACGGAUGCGGAGGAGAUGCGAAACCUCGCUGUUCAACCCGAACACCGCGAACGGGUGGAUUCCAUGCGCCGUCAGAUUGCUGAGAUGGUUUGCCAUACCGGCCCCGGUCCCUACGAUUGGUGCUUGUCUGAUGGUGCAAUGACAGCUGCAACUCAAUAA